UCUGACGCACACAUCUGCUUGGAGAUUAUAUAACAGAUACAAGUAUGUGGUAUUUACAAAAGUGCUCAUCGGCUGUCACGGUUCAGCACACCUGUUCAAGGCAGUGUGACGUCAGCGCAACCCGCAGGACUAGUUUUUCUGUGCCCCCAGGUGUUACAGCCAGUGCAGCCAGGGACGAGCUACUGUGAGAAGGCGUCCUUAAGUGUCCUUGUCUGAAAACGUCAAGAAACCAAGGUAGGACAAGGACUCAAGCCCGGUCCCUCCUAUACCAGAUACUGCAGUGUCCAUCUUCUGUCACAGAGUCUAGCAAAGACACGGCGAAAUCUGUCUCCAGUCUUUUGUCCUACCCGAAGGGUAUUUUGGUGACUUGGGGUGAGAUUUUGGAACGUUGACAAGCGCAGCUCUGUGCACCAGCUAUGCUGUCGGUCGGCGCACGUCGGAAGCACCGUCUGCCCGUGAAGGGGACGGGAGUCAACCGGCAGUUCGUUGAGCUCGAGAAGCCCGUCGCCUUGAGGCGCAACAUCGGGGUCUUCAAAGCCAUGAACAUCGUGGUCGGCUGCACCAUCGGCGGCGGUAUCUUCAUAUCCCCCAAGGGUAUCCUCAUCAACUCUGGGUCUGUCGGCAUGGCCAUGAUUGUGUGGAGUAUCUGCGGCGUGAUUACCAUGCUGGGGGCGCUAAGUUACAUCGAGCUCGGCACCACCUUACAGAGGUGCGGCGGCGACUACGCUUACAUAAAGGAAGCGUUCGGACCGAUCCUUGCCUUCCUGCGACUGUGGACACAGAUGAUCAUUAUCCGCCCUGGAGUGAUAGCUGUCCUUUCUAGAACAGCCGCUACCUACUGCGUCAAACCGUUCUUCGAGUACUGCGAUCCGCCGGCCUUACCGGUCAAUCUGCUGGCUGCAGCCAUUAUAGUACUCCUGACGUUUGUGAACUGUUUCCGGCUGAGCUGGGCCACCAAAGUGCAGGACUUCUGCGCCGUGGGCAAAGUGGCGGGACUGUUCCUGAUUAUCUUUGCAGGGAUACUUGAAAUUUGGUUCGGAAACGGCAAGCUAGAGUACUUCACGUUCGAUGGUCCAGCGCUGGAUCCAGGCAAACUCUCGCAGGCGUUCUAUAGCGGGAUGUUCGCCUAUGCAGGAUGGUUUUACCUCAACACCGUUACUGAGGAGAUCCAUAGGCCGGAGAAGACGAUGCCACGUGCCAUGAUUGUGGGAGAAGUAGUCAUAAUUGCCAUGUAUCUGCUGACCAUCUUCGCCUAUCACAUCGUCAUGUCCGCCCAUGACGUCAUCGAGUCGUCUGCAGUGGCUGUGACCUUUGCGAAAAGCGCCAUGGGUUCCCUGGGCUGGACAGUUCCCAUCGCCGUGCUGAUCUCCUGUGUCGGGGUCGCGAACGGGAUAUUCCUGGCCACAUCUCGAGUGAUGUACGCAGGAGCACGGGACGGCACCCUGCCCACCAUCCUGAAGACGCUUCACGUGACCAAGUGUACACCAAUGCCUGCCAUCCUUCUACUGGUCAGUCAUGGAGGUCUAUUAGUCAAUUACUCAGUGUUUUAGUGACCUCACACCAAAUGAGGUGUUACACCAAUUUGCCUCUACAGGCAGUAACUGAUGAGAGACCAUUGUAUUUGACUGAUGAUUGCUCAACGAAUUUUAUAGACAACGAGUUUUGUAGGUCUAUCACAGUGUCACAUCUCCU